AAUAAUCAAGAAUGACCGGCCAGUACAGCGACUCGGAGCGAAAGGCCAGUACAGCGACUCGGAGCGAAAGGCAAAACAUCUCAAUGUCAAUUAGCACACACCGCAAUCUAGCGACCGCGAUGACGCUCUCUCAUAUACGGGCCGGUAGCCAGCGAUCUCUGGUCUCUAACGCUGUCAGCCCCCUAUCCUCCCUCCACGGAAACAGCUGCCACCAUGGAGUCUCUACCGCAAGCAAGCGCUUCCUUGCCAUGGAGCGUGCACAAGAUUGGAGGCACCUCCAUCGCACGGUAUCUCGAUCACAUCGUCGACAAUAUCGUCGCCCCCCGUGCGACUUCGGAGCGCCUCGUGAUCGUGUGCAGUGCCAGAUCGCUCGCAUCCAAAGCAAAAGGCACCACUUCCACGUUGCUCGAAGCGGCGGAAAAGGCCGCCGAGUCGCGUGGCACCUCACAGCGUCGCGCCUCUGACGCACGCGGUCGAGAUCAGCGCUGGCGCUUGGACUGCUUUGCGCAGGCAGAUCCAGCUCCUUUACGGUCACCUCUGCUCUCACCUCUCCAGAACCCUUCAGGCGUACCGCUGGACCGCGUCACGUCGGCGCUGUUGGACCGCGCUCGAGAGCGCUCCACAAGUGCGAGCACCAGGGCAUCCUCGGCGAGCACAAGGACAUCCUCGACGCUGUCCUCGAUGCGCAAUUCCUUGAUAGAUUUUGCCGACAUUCAAGAGAGUCCCCCCAGCAGUCGGGCUUCGGUAGACGAACGAUUUGAUCCGCGCACAGCAGAGGAAUUUGGCUGGCUUUCGGACAUCCAAGCACUCCAAGAAGACCACUUUGCCGCCGUGCGCACUCACUGCCAAGAUGCGUCGAUCGCGGAAAAGUGCCUGUCGGAUCUGUCUUGCGAUUUCGACGAGCUGUACGCAGUCUUGGCUGCCGUCGAGACUCUUGGAUUCUUGAGCGCCCAGAUGAAGGAACGCAUCGUCGCCUUUGGAGAGUUGUGGUCGACGAGAGUGCUGACUGCAGCACUCUGCAGCAAGCACCUCGACGCCUCGGUGGUCAGGCUCGACUCGCUCGCGCUGGACUGGGACACGUGCAGUGCCGACCAGGUCGAAGAGCGCGUCGUCCGGGCGAUACGCGAUGAGCUCGCGCACAAUUCCUCGCGCGUGCUCGUCGUGCCUGGCUACUAUGGACCCUUGCCGUACGCCCUGCUCGAAACCGUCGGCCGUGGGUACAGCGAUCGGUGCGCUUCCUUGUGUGCCGAUGCGCUCAGCGUGUCGUGCAUGUUUAUUUGGAAAGAGGUGGCUGGAAUUCUGCAGGCAAAUCCGAACGUGGCUGCCGACGCCAAAGUCAUCUCCGCCAUCACGAGGAGAGAGGCGCAUGAACUGGCAAAGUACGGAAACGAAGUCAUCAAUGCAGAGUCUUUCUCUUCUGCCCAACGUUCACUUGAUCACUCACGCGCUCGGCUCACCGGCAGCAGUCGCCUUGGCCGCAGAGGUUUCCCGCGGCGACUUUGCAAGGGCUAUUGCGACCCAGUCUGAUGGAGAAGCAAUGACCGUCUGGCUGCAGGCAAAUCCCGCAGAGCUCACGAGGCUGACGCAAGCGGCAGCAUCCUCGAAAGUCGAGCUCGUUCGAGAUGAAGCAGUAACGCUGCUCGCUCUCACAGGAAGCCGAGACGACGCCACGGCCAAGCUGUGCGUCGCGCUUCCUGCCAUACAACCCCCACCAUUAUCCAUCUCGAUGUGCGCAUUCCCCCUCACCACGCUGUUUGCGGUGCGCUCUUGCAACGCCGAAGAGAAUGUGAGGCGAGUGCAUGCA